AUGGGUCCAGAUAACGGCGUGCUUGGAGCAACCUUCAAGGCCACUCGAGCUCUGGAGGUCGCUUCCAUGGUUGCCAUUAUCGGAAUCACGGCCAACUUCAUAUCUGAAAUGGUCAGCGCUGGGGCGACUCCACCGCCAGUUCUCGUCGCAAUAUUGAGCAUUGUCUGCAUUGCCGUACUUUACUGUGCCAUCACAGUCAUUCUGUAUUUCGACAGCAUUCUACCAUUUCUGAUCAGCACUGGGAUUGACUCUCUUUUCUUGAUUGCAUUGAUCGUGGUCUCGGUGGUGGUUGGCAAACCACUCUCCUACCUCAAUUGCCAAGUGCUUGAUGAGGUUUCCAACGCGACCUCAAGCGCUUACGACUUCACCUCGGCGUUGGGCAACAGUCUCAACAAGGAUGGCGCGGUCAAUUAUUCCCAGUGGAUCGGCACUUCGAAAGCCACCUGCCUGGAAAUGAAGUCCAUUUGGGGGUUGAGCAUCGCACUUUGCGUCCUCUUCACAUUCUCAGCCGUCAGCACUGUCUGUCUUUGGAAGCGGACCAAGCAGCCGGCUGCCGACAAAAACGAAGCUUGA